UAAAUGACUUACCUAGGGUCAUAGUUAUUAAGGGCAUUUUUGAACUCAGAUGUUCCCCUAACCAUUGAACCACCCUACUCCUAAAACUCAGAUUUGAAUUUAAUUACUUUGCUGCUCAGAGGGUCAUAGGCAGACAGGGAGAAGGGUCAAAUAAGAUAGGAAGGCAAAUGAAAUUUUGCUGCUUUCAUGACAUCAAUGCUGCUAUUCUUCCCCUCUCUAUGGCUACACCCUUCCUUCUCUCUUAGCUGGAGCCCGGUAUUGAGAUGAUUUCUCUCCACGUUUACGACCCUGGUAUCCUCCUGCUCUUUCCUCUGGGCUUGCUUACUCGCUGCUCACUUCCUUCCCUAUUUUUAUUAUUUUUUUUUGCACACAUUGAUUUCCCAGCUGCUGACUUUGUCAUCCAAGUUCGCCAGUGGGUCAUCACUCUGCUCCCAGCUUACUCAUUUUCACUUACAGACUCACUUUUUGUGAAAUUGGCUCGGGACUGGUCUGGCAGUUGCUCUCCAGAACCUACUCUGAUCACAAUGGGCUCCCUCUGUGUUUCAACAGACAUUUGGAAGUAAGCCAUUCUGCACAGAAGUGGUGGUAAAGAGGGGGAAAAAAUCAAGUCUUUUCCAAUAUGUCUUCUCUUCAGUCAUUACCACUAGCAACCUACAGCCAAGUCACAAAUCAACUGAGGCCUCCAAGUUUGCUAAACAGAGGCAAACUAAUGUGUGUGGAAUCAGUGAAUUCAGGACAUAUUCCUCCAUCUCACACCUCACCAAGGACUAGCUGUCUUACUCCAGUGCCUCAAGUCUCCAUUCAGUCAGAUCAUCUCUCCAGGUCAGUAGUAGAUGGACAUGAAAGGAGAAGGAGGCCCCACCCAAAUGGUAUGGUAGCCAUCAGAGAAUUCCUCCUGUCUGUUUUGAACUUGUCCACAUCAAAAGCACCCUCAAGGCCUGAAAAUAUGGUGUCGCAAGCUGCUGGAUCGAAGAAGUCUCUUCUGAAUUCCUGGAAGGGGAGGAGUGACGGGUCUGAAGACACAGAGGAGGAACUCAGCCAGUGCAACGUUGCUCUCCCUCGCAGCCAAGUCGAUAUUAGGUCCAUGCGGCACAAAGCUGCCUGGAUUAAUUUACCCCAGUGUGCUGCUGAGGAACAGGUUCAGUUGCUGGAUUUGUGCACCCCGGUUCCAGUAUGUGAAAGCAACAAGGCCCAUUUCACAACCAACCACAGACCCUUUCCUUUGGGAUGUUUGCCUACUCCCUCUGAUAACUCCCUCACAGAAACCCUAUUGCUGGGAGAUAGUGUUGCUACAGCAGGCAGCUCCCUCACUUGUUCAGAAGAAAUGGAUAUACACUUGUCUCUAUCUUCACCAGAACAGCACGUUAUGCUUCCAGAGAGCCUGUCACCAGCAGCCAUCAUAACAGGGUCUAAAAUUCCAGCCCCCUCCCCAUUUCCUGUGAACACCGGUGCUUCCCACCGGCCCCUCAAGCCGAUGACCCCUACUGAAAAAGGUACCAUCUCAGCCAGCAGAAAAAUCCUUCCUCUGAAUAGCUUCUCCCCAGAGACAUUGAUGCUUCCUGCUGAUGUAGAAAAGGAGAAUGCCCAUUUUUGUGUUGCAGAUAUUAUCAUAUCUGCAAUGGAGACAAUGAAGUACAACCUUCUGAAUCAGCAGCAAGGAGAGAGCCGGAAAGAAUUGGAAACAAGCUGUUCUUUCGGAAGUGAUCAAGUUGACUUUGAGAGAGGCUUUUAUCUACCUGAAAAGCAAAACUCUUCAUCUGCUACUUCAUCUGACAGUGGCUAUGAAGGUUGUUCUGCAUUACAAAUAAACCCAGUAGUUGAAACAUCUAUUUGUCAAAACACCCUGAAGGAGAUCUGUGAAUGUGACUCUGAUGAUUUUGUCCUUGUGGAACUUGAAGACUUUGGCAAAAUCACAGAGACUUGUAGAUGUUUCCUUGACCAGAAUAAAAGAUGCAUUGAGGAGCCAGGUUACAACUCGGCUGAACUGAUAGCAAAGGACCUGUACCAAGCUUUCUGCAGACGAUGUAGGUUGGCAGAGUCUGACUUUCACCUGGCAGGUUCCCCCCAGGCAGAUGGGUCAAUAAUUGUAAAUGAAGACAGUUUUCAAAAACACUUUGAGUCCAGUUUGGAUGUAGUUGAGGAGAUAAAGUUUAAGUCCAGAAUUAAAGGAACUAAAGACUGGACUCCACCUAGAUUUGAAAUAAUAUUGACUGUUCAUCCACCACAAAAGAGGGAUUUUGUGGUCUCUGCCCAAAACUUUUCCUGUGCUGGCUGUGGAACACCAAUAGAACAGAAAUACAUCAAGAGACUCCGUUAUUGUGAUUACCUGGGGAAGUAUUUCUGUGACUGCUGCCACAAUUAUGCAGAAUCUUACAUCCCUGCCCGGAUCCUUAUGAAAUGGGAUUUCCGCAAAUACCACGUCAGUAAAUUUUCUAAGCACCUCCUGGACAGCAUAUGGCAUCAACCUUUGUUCAAUUUGUUAUACAUCAGUCAAAACCUAUAUUCCAAGGCCAAGGAAUUGGAUCAAGUCAGGGAAAUCCAAGAGAAGCUUGUUCAGAUUAAGAAGCUAUUAAAGACCUGCAGAUUUGCUGAAAGGGUAUUAAAAGAUUUUGAGCAGGUGCCAGGACACUUGACAAAUGAACUCCACCUGUUCUCUCUGAAUGACCUCGUCAAGAUCAAAAAGGGACAAUUGGCUGCUGUUCUGAGAGUACUUUUGAAAGCUUCCCUUGUUCAUGUGGACAGCUGUGAACUAUGUCAAGGAAAAGGGUACAUUUGUGAAUUUUGUCAGAGCCCAGCUGUCAUCUUCCCAUUCCAGAUGACGACAUGCAAAAGAUGUACAGCUUGCAAAGCUUGUUUUCAUAAACAAUGCUUCAGAUCAGCAGACUGUCCCAAGUGCUUGAGGAUCCGAGCUCGAAGGAAGCUUUUGCAGAGUUUGCCCUCUGUGACAACUUGAAAUCAAAAAUAUUGUCUGGAUGACUGCAAUUCCUCACAUAUAUUAGAGAAGCUGUUGGGCUUUCCUACUACUGGUAAUGUUGUUUUAGACAUUGUAUAUUGUGUAAAAGGAAAUGAACUUAUUGAGCACUGUGUUCUUUUGUAUAUGUUUAAUUUAAAAAAUACAGAUACUUGGUUUUCCAAGUGGGACUUUGUAACUACUAAUAACUUGAUUUAAAAAAAUGAAUGUUAGAGAGAAUUUCAUAUGGGAUUGACUUUUUGCUGCUAAAAAGUUUUUUAGAAUGUUUUGAUACUUCUUAAGUUGUAUUUGAAAAAUUCUAGUUUUGCUGUUUAUACAAAAUACAGUUUCAAAAUGAUUGUCUAUUUUUAGAAAGCAGGUUUUAAGUGGUGGGAUAAAUUGCUGAGUUUCUCUUCCUUAAAAACUUGAUUGUGUGAAACUGACUGAAUACUGUACUUUCAUUAAAAUAAAUGCAAUAUCAGAGUC